AUGGAUGAUGGGAUGAAGACUCAGCUGGUGAGCGCCAUCCAACUGCAGGAGGUGGAACUGCAGGAGAAACCUGCAGACAAACUCCACGGCGAUGACAACCAGGGUGAGUUUGAAAUCAAUGAGGGGUCAGUUUGACCUCUUAUUCCACCCACAGAUCAGUCUGGUCAGUCUAUACUUGGAAAUAGUAUUUUUUAUGGGGGUGUUUUCAGGUGUCUAGUGAAGACUCUGACUUUUGCAUUUCAGAUGAGACAUACACUGUUGAGGAUGCCGUGGAAACUAUUGGUUUUGGUCGUUUUCACAUCCUGCUGUUCGUCAUCAUGGGCAGCACCAGUGUAAGAAACAAACCUCCUGAUUGAAGAGGAACAGCAGAACAAACUAAUUCAGAUGUUUAAACGUGUGUUAUCGCUUAUGAACAGAUAGUGGAGGCCAUGGAGAUCAUGCUGCUGGCGGUGAUCUCGCCUGAGAUUCGCUGUGAGUGGCGUCUGGAGGACUGGCAGGUCGCUCUUGUCUCCACGGUGAGUCAAAAGACCUGCUCCCUGUUUUUACCAGGUGUGAAAGAGUAUCACCGUUUCUGAUCAGGUGGUGUGUUUGUGUGUGUCAGAUGGUGUUUCUAGGCUUCAUGCUGUGUGGGGUUUUAGGAGGCUACAUCGCUGAUCAAUACGGACGCUGGAAGGUCAGAAACACUCUCAAAACACACAGUUUUAUAUAUGACAAUGAAAACCCCAAAGAGUUGAGAUGACGCAAGGAGCUACAUGGUCAGCCCAGCAGUGUAGUUUUAUAUAUCAGUAUUUAUUUAUUUAUUUUGUGAUGUUUUGUAUUUUUGUGUAUAAUUGUGUAUUCUGUAUGUUCCUCAGGUUGUGUUUGGGGGCUUUGCUUGGAGCUCCUAUUUCUCUCUGCUCACCUCGUUCGCUCCUUCGUACGGGUGGUUCAUCUUCCUGCGCAGCAUGGUGGGCUGUGGAGUCGCACUAGUGUCACAGGGGUCAGAAUACACACACACAGACAAACAACAACAGCUAAUCACAUACAUCCAUAACCGCACACAGACACAAAUUAUAUGUGUUGUUGUUGUUGUUUCAGGUUCGUGUUAAAGACUGAAUUCAUCCCAGCAAAGUAUCGAGCCUAUUUGCUGCCCCUCGCUUCAGUGAGUCAUUUAAUUUAUUCUGAUUUAUGUUCAUAUUACCAUCGACAGACUCAGCUCUGAGUGUGUGUUCAUGUUUGUGUUAUAUGUCAGUGUAAUAAGGACAAUAGAGGAAUAAAACAAAAUGACAAGCUCUGAUCACACACUGACCCUCAAUCACCUUAAAGAAGAUAUAAUAUAAUAUAAAAUAAUAUAAUAAAAAAUUAUAUAUGAUUUAAUAUAAUAUAAUAAAAAAAUAAAAUAAUAUAAUAUAAUAUAAUAAAAUAUGGUAUAAUAUGAUUUAAUAUAAUAUAAUAAAAAAUAAAAUAAUAUAAUAUAAUAUGGUAUAAAAUGAUAUAUGAUUUAAUAUAAUAUAAAAUGAUAUAAUACAAUAUAAUAUAAUAUAAUAAAAAAUGAUAUAAUACGAUUUAAUAUAAUAUAAUAAAAAAUAAAAUAAAAUAAUAUAAUAUAAUAUGGUAUAAAAUGAUAUAAUAUAAUACAAUAUAAUGCAGAAAUCAGUAGGUGUUUUGCCCUGUCUGUCGUCCUACCGUCUCUGAUCUGUUGAUCUCCCAGCAUGCUCUAUGUUUUUAAUAUCACAGAUCUUCUGGAUGACAGGCUCCAUGCUGAUUAUCGUUCUUGGGAUGUUGGUGGUCCCGCUUGUGGGCUGGAGGUGGAUGAUCCGCAUCUCCGUCGCCCCGAGCAUCAUCCUCAUCUUCCUCUUCAAGGUGCACACCUGUCUGCCACACCUGUCUGCCUCACCCGUCCGUCUCACCACAUGUAUGUCUGUGUCUCACCUGUGUGUGUCCCACCUGUCUGUCUCACCUGUGUGUGUCUCACCUGUCUGUCCUCUGUUGUCUACCUGCCAGUUCAUUCCCGAGUCGGCCCGGUACAACGUGUCAGCGGGGAACAUUCAGGCGGCAGUCAACACUCUGAAGAAGAUCGCUGACAUGAACAGGUCGUCCCUACCUCCAGGACGUCUGGAAGAGCCACCUGUGGUACGUUCACACCUGAGUUUAUACCUGAGAAACACAGACUGAGUCUUUCUUGAAGUCUGAUCAACAGUGAGUCAUCUUCCUCUGUUGUUUCAGAAAGAGAGAGGCAGCUGGAAGAUUCUGCUCAGCUCAGCGUACAGGAGGACAUCCAUCCUGCUCUGGUUUUCAUGGUAACAUGUCCAGAAAGUUCAUUACAGACAAAGUUUUACACAAAAACUGAGUCGGUCUUGAUGUUUAAUUGCAAAAACAAUGGGCGGGUUUCUACUCUGUGCUCUGAUUGGUCAGGUUCGUGGCGUCGUUUGGUUACUACGGUUCGGUGCUGGGCAGCUCAGAGUUGCUGGAGAAGAACUUGUUGUGCGUGACGGACGCUGACAAGGAACAUCAAGUCAGACACCGCGAAGACGACAAACUGUGUUACUGCAUCCCCUUCGGACCGGACGACUACCGGACGCUGCUCAUCAGCUGUUUGGGGGAGGUGGCAUGUAAGUGUGAUCCACACAUGCAAACCUGAGAUGUCCUCUAGAUGCCACCAUACAGGAAAGCAUCAGGACAAAUGCUACACAACAAGAACAAACUUUUUUAUUUCCUCAGUUAUCAAAGAUCUCAUCCUGUCCCCUCUGUCCUUCUUUGUCUCGUCUGUCCUCUCAGUGAUCCCUUUGAACAUCUGUCUGCUGAAUGUUGUUGGACGUAAGAUGAGUCUCAUGGUGCUGCAAACCCUGGCGGCCAUGUUUUUCAUGUUGCUCAACAUUUGCACCACCAUGUAAGAAAUAUAUGCACACUUUCUCUGUGUGUACUGACUUAGAAGGUUUAUGAGGACCCACAGAUAGAUUGUUGGGGUUUGUGGGGACUUUGAGCAUGCCUUUGUGGGUCGUACGGGCUUCUUUGCGGAUUUUCUGUAACCUGAAAGUAGACAGAGGGUUCAUAGGGUCCUCUCAAUAGAUUUUUAGGUUGAUAAAAUCAGGAAUAGGGCUUUGCUGGUUUAUUCAUACUAUCAGUAUGUCUAUGGUGCUUUAUGAGAACCUUGUCUUCAUGUUUCUGCAGGUUUGGUUUCACAGUCUUGCUGUUCCUGCUCCGGUCUCUAGUCUCUAUGAACUUUAAUGUGGUCUAUAUUUACACCGCAGAGGUAUGUGCAAGCUUUGAUUGUUUGAGGAUUAACUUAGUCAUGUGUGUAUAGAUGUGGUGUCAGGUAACAGGUGUGUGUCUCUCAGGUGUAUCCGACUGCAGCCAGGUCUCUGGGGAUGGGUUUCUGUACGUCGUUUAGUCGAAUCGGAGGAAUGAUCGCUCCGUUCAUUGCUCAGGUGGGUUUAAAGGUCCAGGGGGGUGGUCUUCUCAGGUGACUCCUCACAUGCUCCAGCUGUUUCACUCUGUGUGUUCUUCAGGUGCUGAUGUCUUAUUCUGUGAUUUUGGCGCUCAGUCCAUUCGCUGUGGUGAGUAUACUCUGCGCUUUGGGGAGCUUCCUGUUACCAAUUGAGACCAAAGGACGAGCACUGCUGGUGAGGAACUUUUUAAAUCUCUUUGUGAACUUUAUUUCACUUUGACAAAACCUUAUUUCAAAUUAAUUUCACUUUAAAAUAACUUUAUUUUCAUUUCUCUGUUUCUGUUUCAGCAAAACUCCUGA